UUAAAAUUCCCGCGAAGCGGAAGUCCUGCGGCACGCCAAACCUAGGUCGUUGCUGCUUUAUGCAAAGUACGUAGGCACUUUGAUAUAUAGAUAUCUACGACAUCAACAUGGCCUCAGACGAUGAGAAACGGUCACCGCCACUGGGUAACUCGCCAGAAAGGUACAACGGGUCAGUGAGCCACCAUGGUUCUGGCUAUAUCAGACCGCAAGCCCGUAAGCUGCACGACCCGGACGUCACCUUCGAGGAAUACCACUAUUACGCACUACAGACCCGUGAAGAGGAGCGUACCACGCCUAAGCCCAAGACCUCGAUAUGGCGCGAGAUCGUCCUGCGCAAGAAACCGGAGGCGAACCAUAGCAGCGACCCCGGCGACCCCGCCGUAGGCGAUGUCACAGCCACCAGCGUCAACUUUGCCAACCGUGCCAACCGCGCCGAUAUAACCGACGAAGAGUGGUCCAACGCGUCGCGAGCGUUCCGGACGGCAUCUGCCGGCGCGUGCUUCUACCUCAUCACCACGGACAUCCUGGGGCCCUACGGCGUUGGGUUCGCGAUGGGCACGCUGGGCUGGAUGCCGGGCAUCAUACUGUACAGCGUCUUUGGUUUCAUGGCGGGCUACAGCGGAUACCUGAUCUGGCACACGUUCCUGGGGCUGGACUCGCACCAGUUCCCGCUGCGCAACUAUGGUGACCUUGGUUUUCGGCUGUUUGGGUCCUGGGCCCGACAUGUCCUCAACGUCCUGCAGGCCCUGGCACUGCUGCUCAUCCUCGGCCAGGUCACGAUCCAGAACGGCCAGGCGCUGUCUCAGGUCUCGAAGUUCCGAAUCUGCUACGCCGUUUGUCCCAUCAUCUUCAUCGUGGCGGGCUUUGCCCUUGGCCAGGUCCGCACCCUGCGGCGGUUCGGGCUGAUUGCUAACCUCGCGAUUUGGCUGAAUCUGCUUGUCAUCUUCAUCACUAUGGGCAUCAUGGCGCAUAGCCCGCCUAACUAUGCCAUCUCUGUGCUGGGUUCGGCUGGUGCGCUUGUUGAUCCCGACUCGAUUACACCGGAUGGUAAUGGAAACUACCCACCGGUCAUACACUAUAGCUACUUACCAGAUGCUGGCAGCCUGGUGGGAUCUCUGAACGGUCUCAUGUCGGGUGUCUUGGCAUACGGUGGAGCUCAGCUGUUUGUCGAAUUCAUGGCCAAGAUGCGAAGGCCUUAUGAUUUUCUGAAGGCCAUGUGGGGGGCUCAGUUCUUUAUUUACAGUGUUUACAUGAUCUACGGCUGCUACGUCUACUACUGGCACCAGAUCUCCUAUCAAGGCGUAUCCCUCUACGGCCUGCAGACCGCUGGCAACAUGAUCGCGUUCGUCAGCGGCCUCAUCGCCGCAGCACUGUACGGGAACAUCGGGAUCAAGGUUCUUUACAAUAAUGUCCUGAUGGAUCUCUUCUCGGCACCACCCCUGACCACCAAGUCGGGAAAGAUCGUCUACGCUAUCAUCGUACCCAUCUGGUGGUCCAUCGCCUACAUCAUCGCGGCCGCCAUCCCGGACUACUUCGGUUUUGUCUCCGUCAUCGCGUCGGCUACCCUCCUGGAGUUCACCUACUGCUUUCCCCCCAUGAUCGCCCUGGCGUACGAUAUCCACUUGAAUGCCAUGACCGAUGGAGAGGGAUUUGAUCCCGUGACUGGCGUUGUGGUGCGCAAGGACCGUGGCGUCAAGCGCUGGGCGAGGGGUUUCUUCCGGGGUAGAUGGUAUUUAAAUAUAUUGCACGUCCUGUAUGCCACCGGCGCAUGGGCCACAGCUGGGCUCGGCCUCUACGCUGCGAUUGAAGGCAUGAUUGAGGCAUUUGAAAACCCCCAAGUCAAUUCGUUCACGUGCCAAUCCCCGUUGAACUUGGAUGCUUGA